AUGUCCUACAGCAACGGGCAUGCAGCGGACACGCUCAUCGAGAGGAUCAGAAGACAUCCGAAAUACUACUUGACCGGUGGAGACGUUCACUUCCUGGUCGACAAUUAUCUCUUCCGCGUCCAUCGGUAUUUCUUUGAAAGAGAAUCAGCAUGGUUCCGCGAGAAGCUCGCAGCGUCGUCACCUCCUGGACAACACGUGAGGGGAUCUUCAGAAGCACAUCCGUUCCUCCUCGAGGACGUCGCUCAAGAAGAUUUUGCGAGGUUUCUAUGGGUAUUUUACAAUCCCAAAUACUCCAUAUACGAUGCGACCGUCGACGAUUGGAAAGCCAUCUUGAAGCUUGCAUACGACUGGAGGUUCUCGGAAGUCAAGAAGCUCUGCGCCCGUGAGCUGGAAAAGUUCGACAUCCCGCCCGUACCCAAGAUCGAGCUCUAUCAGGCGUACGAUCUAGACAAGCGGCUCUUGAUCCCGUCAUACAUCCAUUUAUGCAUCCGCCCGGAGUCGCUGUCGGUGAAAGAGGGACGCCAAUUGGGUCUGGAGACGGCUCUCCUGGUAGCCACGGCGCGCGAGGCUGUUCGCAACAAGACCUACGACGGCGGGGUGCUCACCUCGUCGCCGAUAACGCUUGAGGAGGAUAAGAUGAUCGCCAUCAUCAGAGAUGUCUUCGGCCUCACAGGCGGUCCGUCGACACCGAUGCUAACUCCCCUCGAGAACGGCUUCGGCGCUCUUGGCUUCAGCUCGCUUACAUCUCCAACGAGGUCAUCCUUUGGUACCAACCCUUCCCUUGCAUCUGCUUCCGCCGCGGUCGAUGCGAUAUUCAACAAUAACAAUCCGUCUCCAAGUGUCACGAUUGCUGAAGUUGCGCAGGGUGACAAGUCUCUAGGUCAAUCCACAUCGCGCUUCUCCCCUGUUGUUAUCACCAGUCGACUGAAAUCUGUUCCACCGCAGGCAAAGAAGCCGACGGAGCCCUUGGCGGCGACGGCGAGGGUGCAACCGCCGAAGCGGAAGGACAGCCUGCAGAGGACGGCGGAGACGAUGUCUUCACGGCUGGAAGUGGAAAGAAGGGCCGAAAUGGAAGCAAGAAAAAGAAGGGAUACUAGGAGUUCACCGUUGAUGGAUAAUAGCACGCGCCUCGCUGUUCUUGCUUCUCCUAUGCAUUCCCAGUCCAAUAUCGCAGACUGUGUCGGAGACAUCACCGGUGCCACCGAGCAACUACAGGAGCCUGCCGAACCAAACGCCGAUUUGAGCAUCGAAGAGGAGCGAGCGGACGUGUCCGUUGACAGUGGCAAAGGCCUUAGCGGGAGCUCCGGACCAGUUCUGCAAACCGUCGCUUCGAAGUUGCCCGAAGAAGGAAGGAUCGCGCCGCCAAGCAACGUGUCUGACGCAUCUGUUGACGAUUUGGGCAGGAGCAUUGCGGAAGGAGCAUCGGGUAUGCAACAACCUCGCGGGGAGAACGCAUCCGGAACUACGACAGAAGACCCGGAUCUAGAGAGUACUCAUGAUGGCGAUGAGCGCGCAUCUGAUAGUACAAGCUUCAAGGGCGCCACCAAGAGCGAUAUCGAUGAGGAAGACCAAGCCGAGCAAGCUACCCUAACAAGCAUGACGGACACAGCGACGGGGAGCGACGAGCGGGCAACGGAGAUAACAGAACAGAUCAAGUUCUCAACGAGCCCGCCGGCGAGCGACGCCGCAACCAUAACCAUCCGAGAAGACGACGAAAUGCGUUCCCUGACGGAUACCAUCGACAGUGCCGAGGCCGCUCCACCGACUGGCCGAGAGACAUUGCUCGUCAACACAAAGAUCGAAAUCAAAUCUGCUGAAGAAGACAAAGGCUCCAAUCGCACUGUCGGACAGCAACCUGAGCACGCUGAAGACCCACUGGCAUCCACGGCGGAGGAGGUUGAGACCGAGGCUUUGCUUUCUGCUCUGAGCGACUCCGACGGGAUCACUGGCAGUUUGUCGGCGCUGACGAUGACGAUGGGAGCCGCUGUCGACUACUCCCCCGAGUCACCCGAAUCGGACUUUGACAUGGUGGAACAGGCCAAUGGAUGUCUCCAUACUGCGCUGUGA